CAUAGGGACAGUACAUGCAGCUUAUGCUUACUUUUCAGUCAGAGCGUGAUCACGCAUCAAGACCAUCAUCGCCAAGUCCAUUGACUAGUGUCUGGCUCUUUUGAACGCUUACUCGACCCUACUCGAGCCAUGACUCUCCCGCAAGAGCUGCUCGACAACAUCCUGGACAAUCUGUGUGAUGACCUUGAGUCUCUUAAGCACUGCGCCCUCGCAUACUCGUUGCUCCGCGCCACCAGCCAACGUAUCCAAUUCCGUCGCGUCGUUUUGGGCCCAGCGCCCUCCGGCAGACCUACACCGUGCUUUCGGUUCUUCGUGCUUCUUACGGAAUCGCCACACAUUAGUCUCCACGUCAAAUCCCUCGUCAUAAUGGACCGCAAACCGUUCUCGUGGCACACAUGGCCGAAGACCAUACCGUGGAUUGUUACCGAGCAAACUCUCCCUCUGCUCCUCGCCAAGCUCACGCCGAAUCUCACGGCGUUCCACAUGCAUACACGGAGUCCGUGGGGACGGAUAGCCGAGACCCGCGCCCUCCAUGCAGCUCUGCUCCACGUACUGGCUUCCCCCAAGCUGUCGUAUCUACAAUUCAAGGACGUCUCGCCUCCUGCCUCGUCCAUUCUCCUCGCGCCGGGCCUGAGGGGCCUGCUACUGAGUAACGCCGAACUUCUGGAGGACUGCCGAAGCCAUACCCCUGCCGGUGCGUCGCGUGCUAUCCAUCGGAUCGGACUCAUGGGAAAGCAUCUGGAUUGGAUUACCAGUCCACAGUGUCCGCUGGAUUGGCGCCUGCUCAGAAAGCUCCGUGUAUCGUCGGACCAUACGAAGCCCCAUACGAAGGCGCUGCAGCUGGUGCUGGACCGAUGCGCGCAGUCGCUGACCGAAUUCGAGUUCUUCCCGGCACAUCCGUUGUCUCUGCCUCGGCCGCUACCCAGCCUGAGCCUCAGCAAGAGCGCCGUUCUGCGGCGUCUUUGCGUGUAUCUCGUAUGCGGGCAAGAACAAGACAAGACCGUGGUCGACUGGUUCGUGCCCCUCCUCGACAGCCUCGAUCCCGCCGCGCCCAUCAUGCUAGUCACGAUCCACUUCGAGGCGUGGGACUACGCCGGUACCAUGGGGGACCGGUACGACUGGACGGCCUUCGAUGAAUGUCUGACGCGAGUCGUUGAACGGAGGUGGGCCCGCGUGCUCUUCAGAUGCGCUGGGUCCGGUACAUAUCCGACUGCCGGUGAGUUCCCUCAGCUGUGGACUACCGGCCGUCUGCACAUCGAGAAAAGCUCCGAGGAGCUCGAUGAGCUGCAAUAUGCAGCUUUCUAGACGCGGUAUGCAUGGACGGCGGAUUUCUCCAUAGUACAAUUGCGACCGGGACAGAAUAAUCGCGCAGUCCAAAUGGCACGUGAGCAAGGAUCAUGACCGAAUUUCACUCCGUUUUCGGGGGAAUAAUUCGUUUUUUUUUACUGUAGACAAGCCCCGAUCUGUGCUUAGAUGUCCAUAAAAUCGGUUGUAAUGAUCAACUGAGACCACCACACUUCGCACAAGACCAACUUCACUCUAUUUCUCAAGCAACUGAUCUGUUGUGGACCGUCUCUUACUCGAUCCUGCGGAGGGGGAAAUGGUCAUUUUUGGACCAAGAUCUACUCUGUUCCGGAUGGAAAUAUGCCUGAGUGACGGAGACCUAAAUACACCCUAUUUUCCCCAAAUCUUCAGUUCAUUCGUAGCCCCAUCUCAAGAUGUCAUGCCUGCCCCACAGUUCGCUAAUCUUGAAAUUUGAGGCUGGUUUCUCUGGUGGACUGGGCUGGGCCGG